AUGAACUGGUGUGGAAGUCAGUUCUACGAUGGUCUCUGGUGCUCCCUAACCUACCUGCCCUCUGUGAGAGAUUCCUAUCUGACCCCCGAUGGGAAGUCAGUGGUGAGGCUGCCCCAGAUUCUCUGCUCCAGGUGGAGAAGGCCUCAAGAAGAUGUGGGAGCAGAGUCUGGUCCCAGGCACCGCCCUCAGAACAGAAGGCGAAGCCGGCUGUGGUCUAGAACCAGCUUGGGAAUCCUGCACCACGCAGCCGCAGCUUUCCAGGGACCGGCCCUGGAAAACGCCGCCGGCGGUCAAAGCGUUUUGAAAAGGGCCGAGGGCCGCGUCUUGGCGAGACCGUGGGAAAAUCUCCUCAGGAGGAGUCAUCGCCCGGCCUCUUCCCGGCUCGCCUCCAACCUUGGGAGCUGGGCCACCUGUCCUCCCACCCAGCCGCCUACUGGUGCGGGCGACCUCAGGCAGCUAGUCCACUGCGCAGGCGCGAGGGCUGGGGGCGGGGCGAUCGCGCUGUAGGGCGGGAAGGAAUCGGCUGGCGGCCGCCUGGACGGGCGCUCACGCCGGUCGAAGGAAGCUGAGGAAGAGGUUUUGAGCAGCCAGCAACCUGAGCGCUGUGGCCGCUCUCCUUACAGAAUGGAGAGAAUGGCCUUGGCUGUCUGCGAGAUUUUGAGGUAUUUAAUAAUUCACUGGAAGUGUGAAGCAGGACUGCCAAAGGGAGCGUCGCUAGAAGGGCAGCUAACAGUUUCCAUAGACGCGUUAAGUUCUAAGCAGGUGCCGAGUUCUCUCCGUUGUGCAGUGACUAUUGCUUCUACAGGAAGUGUUUAUGGUGGCUUGGUCUUCAAGAAGAUUCUACAAGAAAUACAACCUGUGCUGCCCAGAUUCUCUGCAAAGCUGACUUCGGCUUCAGAGGAGGGUGACCAUUCUCAAGACACAUCAGGCGUAACACCCUUCCAGAUGACUUUUAAGGUUGAUGAAACUACUCAAAGUUUGAUGACAGACUGUCUGAUUAUAAAGCGUUUUUUACGAAAAAUCAUCAUAGUUCAUCACAAGCUCAAGUUUAAUUUCAGUUUAAUGGUGAAUGGGAUCCUCUCUGCAGAGAUCUUUGGGGCAGAGAACGAGCCUCUUUUGAGACUCUCCAAUGGCAUCACCCUUGUUGUGGGCGUUCAGCAUUAUGUGAGUAAGCCAAAACUGAAUUCAGCUGAAUCGCACUGCAGCAGAAUCCACCCUGUGCUAGGGCAUCCAGCUCUACUGUCCAUCCCUGAUGGCAUGGCUGAUGUGGGCCUGUUGGGAAAACUGGCGCUGACUCCAGCUGCUGCUCUGUGCCCAAGCCAACGGGAUAGGAUUUCUUCGUUAUACAUAUUUCUAUACGGACCUUUGGGUCUGCCUCUGAUAUCAGGUCAGGAGCAGCCAUGUAUCACUGUCUUCAGAGAUACCUCCUAUUUCAUUGACUGGAAGAAACACAAUUUGUUUAUGGUGCCCACUUUGGAUCUCAAUUUGGAUACAGAUUUGGUGAUUCCAGAUGUGAGUUAUCAAGUGGAGUCCAUUGAGGGAAAUCAGUCUCAGGAUAUGGACUCAGAGGGGCCAGCUCUGCUACUUUUCCUAUUUGUAGAUUUUCACAGUGGAUUCCCAGUCCAGCAAGCAGAAGUCUGGGGACUCCACACUUGGCUCACAGAUCAUCUUAGUGCCAUCCUCUCAGAGAGCCGCAGCACCGUGCAAGAGUCCAUCCAGUCAGCUGUGGACCAGGUCUUGGAGCGACAUCACCAGGCUGCCCAGGCUCAUCAGAGACUGCAGGGCUCCCUCUCUGUGGCUGUGAAUGCCAUCACGAGUGUGCUGACUGGAAGCACCUGCAGCAGCUUCAGGAACACAUGCCUCCAGGCUCUUGAGGUAGCUGACACACAGGAAUUUGGGGCCAAACUACACAGAUUAUUUUAUGACGCCACCCAGCACCGACUUCUGCAGCACUGCUCAUGCGACACAGAACAGCACCCAACUCCAGAGAAAAAGCACUCCACCCAGAGCACCGAAGACUGGCAUGGGACUAUCGGCCAGCAGUCCCAUGUGGAGAGCAGCGGGCAAGCAGAAAACAAGAAACUGAAGAGAAGCCCCAGCCUGGGCAGGGAAGAAUCGCAAGCUCUGUGCCCCGCCAGAGAUCCGAACCCUCCAGAGUGCGCCACACGCCACCACAAGCCCACUGUGGUCUCCCCCAAUGUCAGAGGAUCGCCGGCCAGAGCGGCCCAAAGCAGGGUCUCGGCGCCAGACGCAGCGAGCCCUGCGGGCGGCCUGGAGGUACCGCGGCGAGCGCAGGGCGGGUGCCAGCCUGGGCUGCUGCCGCUAGGUCCUCACCACUGUCUCCUCUGCUCCCGCAGGACUUGUGGCUGCAAGAGGUUUCCAAUCUGUCCGAGUGGCUGA